UCCAUUGAAAAAAAUGAAGCUUUUUCUAGUUUCCCUCUUUCUCCUCCUCUUUCUCUCUCUAUGUCUCUCCGAAAAGUGCAACCAAAAUGACAAAAAAGCCCUCCUAGAAAUCAAGAAAGGACUAGGCAAUCCCUAUGACUUGAUCACUUGGGAUCCCAAUACUGAUUGUUGUACUGAUUGGGCUGAAGUCACCCUCUCAUGUGAUGAAAAAACCAACCGUGUUACUUCCAUAAACCUCUUCAAAAUUGAGGACGCCGGAUACCUCUCCCCCGCGGUUGGAGACCUUCCCUACCUUGAAAGCUUAGAUAUCAACAAUGUACGAAAUCUCUCUGGUCAAAUUCCACCCACAAUUGUUAAGCUCACAAAGCUAACAUUUUUGAGAAUUAGUCAAACUAACAUUUCAGGACCCGUCCCUGAAUUUCUUAGUAAGUUGAAGAAAGUAACGUACAUCAACUUAUCAUACAACAAUCUUGUUGGUACAAUCCCUCCUUCGCUUUCUCAACUUGUAAACCUAGAGUUCCUACGAUUAGAUAGGAACAAACUUACUGGACAAAUUCCGGAUUCUCUUCACAAGUUAGCUCCGAAACUCACCUAUCUUUACCUUGGACACAACCAACUUACAGGGAUUGUGCCAACUUCUUUUGCUGGUUGGAGCUUUGACACAAUUGAUUUAUCAAGGAACAUGCUUGAAGGGGAUAUUUCAUUCUUGUUUGGCAAAGAUAAGACAACAUUUGAAAUGCUUUUGGAUCACAAUAAGUUCGAGUUUGAUUUCUCAAAGUUAACGUUUGGGGAGAGGUUAGAGAGGUUGGAUUUGAAUCAUAACAAGAUUUAUGGGAGCCUUCCAACAAUCACGUCGAAGAAUCCGUGGCAACUCUUGAAUGUGAGUUAUAAUAGACUUUGUGGGAAGAUUCCACAGGGUGAGAAUAUGCAGAGAUUUGAGAUAUAUGAGUACUUUCAUUUUCAUAACAAAUGUUUGUGUGAUUCUCCAUUGCCACCAUGCAAAUUAAUGAUUCCAAUGGAAGAAGCAACUAUGUAGGCUCUACAAGCCGUUUUUUUAUAUAAUGCUAUGAAAAUUAAAUAACAUGGACAAUGCUCCACUAUAUUUAU